CGGCUUGCUGCCGCAGGCAGGCAGCCAACAGCCCCGCCGCCCUGGCAGGAGGAUGGGCCAGGCAGGCUGGGCGCUGGACAUGGACGCUGAGGAUGACCCCUUGUUGCAAGACGCUUGGCUCGAGGAGGAGGAGGAGGAGGUUGCCUUUGGCCUCCGGAAGAGGAGUGAGGGUCCCCAGCUGUGUGGCAAAUGCCAGUGGAAUCCCAGGCCGCUGCCGACAGUGCUGCCGGUGUCUGGCUUUUGGAACGUGCUUGGCUGGGUCUUCACCAACCCGUGCUGCGCCGGCGUUAUCCUCUUCCUGAGCUGUGCCAUCCCCGCCGCCCUGGCCGUCGUCAUGUUCCUCCACUACCCUACCCUGGAUAUCGACAUCUCCUACAACGCCUUCGAGAUCAGGAACCACGAGUCCUCGCAGCGCUUCGAUGCGCUCACCCUGGCCCUCAGGUCCCAGUUCGGCUCGUGGGGCCGGAACCGCCGGGACCUGGCCGAUUUCACCUCGGAGACCCUGCAGAGGCUGAUCUUCGAGCAGCUGCAGCAGCUCCACCCCAACGCCUCUCGGCUGGGCGGUGGGGCCAGACCAAAGCGCAGCGCGGCGCUUCCCGUGGGAGGAGGGAGGACCAGCCCUGCUGGGCCCGAGGCCUGGCGGAGCCCGGUGAACCAAACCUCCCGCCUCGCCCGGGGCGCUCCGCACUGGGACUACUCCAGCGCCUACGUCAGCGCCAACACCCAGACGCACGCCCACUGGCGCAUCGAACUCAUUUUCCUGGCCCGAGGGGACGCCGAGAACAACAUCUUCACCUCCGAGCGCCUGCUCACCAUCCACGAGAUAGAGCGGAAGAUCAUGGACCACCCCCGCUUCCGGGAGUUCUGCUGGAAGCCCCACGAGGUCCUGAAGGAUCUUCCUUUGGGCUCCUACUCCUACUGCUCCCCUCCCAGCUCCCUCAUGACCUACUUCUUCCCCACCGAACGGGGAGGCAAGAUCUACUACGACGGCAUGGGGCAAGACCUGGCUGACAUCCGAGGGUCCCUGGAGUUGGCCAUGACCCACCCCGAGUUCUACUGGUACGUGGAUGAGGGGCUGUCGGCAGAGAACAUGAAGAGCUCCCUCCUCCGCAGUGAGAUCCUUUUCGGGGCCCCCCUGCCCAACUAUUACUCGGUGGAGGACAGGUGGGAUGAGCAGCGCAGCAAGUUCCAGAGCUUCGUGGUCACCUACGUGGCCAUGCUGGCCAAGCAGUCCACCAGCAAAGUGCAGGUGCUGUACGGUGGGACGGAUUUGUUUGACUAUGAAGUCAGGAGGACCUUCAGUAACGACAUGCUGCUGGCCUUCAUCAGCAGUAGCUGCAUAGCGGUCUUGGUCUAUAUCCUCACCUCAUGUUCGGCGUUCCUGUCUUUCUUUGGCCUGGCCAGCAUCGGGCUGAGCUGCCUGGUGGCGCUGUUCCUGUACCACGUGGUGUUCGGCGUCCAGUACCUGGGCAUCCUCAAUGGCGUGGCCGCCUUUGUCAUCGUGGGGAUCGGUGUCGAUGACGUCUUUGUCUUCAUAAACACCUACCGCCAAGCCACCCACCUAAAGGACCUGCAGCUGCGCAUGAUCCACACCAUCCAGACGGCAGGGAAGGCCACCUUCUUCACCUCCCUGACCACGGCCGCGGCCUACGCCGCCAACAUCUUCUCGCAGAUCCCGGCCGUGCACGACUUUGGUCUCUUCAUGUCGCUGAUUGUGUCCUGCUGCUGGGUGGCCGUGCUGUUCACCAUGCCGGCUGCUCUUGGAAUAUGGACCCUCUACGUGUCUCCCCUGGAGAGCUCCUGUCAGACCAGCUGCAGUCAGAAGUGCGGGAAGACGAGCGCUUUGCCCAUUGCCGACGACCUGUUACUCGCCUCGGCGGACGCCGCCGGUCCAGGCCAGGGGCCGUUCCCGUACCUCGAUGAUGACAUCCCACUGCUCAGCGUGGAGGAGGAGCCGGUGGCUCUGGAAAUGGGGGAUGUGCCCUUGGCGUCGGCGCUGCCGGAGAACUUGCAGCUUCCGGCCGAGAAGGUCAGGAAGGGUCACUUGAUCGCCCAUCUGCAGGAGCUCCUCCAGCACUGGGCGCUGUGGUCUGCGGGGAAGAGCAGAUGGGUGAUUGUGGGGCUCUUUGUCAUGGUCCUGAUCCUGUCCAUAUUCUUCGCUAGCCGCCUCCGCCCAGCUAGCCGCGCUCCUCUCCUGUUCCGGCCCGACACCAACAUCCAGGUGCUCCUGGACCUCAAGUACAACCUGAGCGCCGAGGGCAUCUCCUGCGUCACCUGCUCAGGUUUGUUUCAGGAAAAGCCCCACAAUCUGCAGAGCAACAUCCGAACCUCCUUGGAGAAGAAGAAACGGGGCUCGGGGCCCCCUUGGGGGAGCAGAGGGGGCACGGCUGAUGCUGUGCAGCAGGAUCCCCAGGGGACUGUGUACGUCUCCAAGUCCAAAGGCCAGGGCAGGCCAGCCAUCUACAGGUUCUCCCUCAAUGCCAGCGUUCCUGCCUCGUGGCAGAUGGUGUCCCCGGGAGAUGGGGAAGUGCCCUCGUUCCAGGUGUAUAGAGUUCCUUUCGGUAACUUCACCAAGAAGCUGACAGCUUGUGUGUCCACAGUAGGGCUGCUUCAGCAGACGAGCCCCCGGAAAUGGAUGAUGACCACCUUAUCCUGCGAUGCCAAGAGGGGCUGGAAGUUCGACUUCAGUUUCUACGUCGCGGCCAAGGAGCAGCAGCGAACGCGGAAGCUGUAUUUCGCCCAGUCGCACAAGCCCCCUUACCACGGCAGAGUGUGCAUGGCGCCCCCUGGCUGUCUUCUCAGCUCUAGCCCGGACGGACCCACCAAAGGCUUCCUCUACGUGCCCAGCGAGAAGGCGUCCCCCAAGGCGAAGCUCUCGGCCACCUCGGGCUUUAACCCGUGUGGGAACACCGGCUGCGGGAAGCCGGCCGUGCGGCCGCUGGUGGACACGGGGGCCAUGGUGUUUGUGGUGUUCGGCAUCCGCGGGGUGAAUCACACCCGACGCCCAGAUAACCACGUCAUCGGAGACAUGGGCAGCGUUAUCUACGAUGACAGCUUUGACCUCUUCAAAGAGAUUGGCAACCUGUGCCUCAUCUGCAAGGCCAUUGCCGGCAAUGCUGAACUGGUAAAGCCAGGAGGGGCCCAGUGCCUGCCCUCAGGCUACAGCAUCUCCUCCUUUCUGCAGAUGCUGCACCCCGAGUGUAAGAACCUCCCUGAGCCGAACCUGCUCCCCGGGCAGCUCUCCCACGGGGCGGUUGGGGUGAAGGAUGGCAAGGUGCAGUGGAUCUCCAUGGCUUUUGAAUCGACGACCUACAAGGGCAAAUCUUCCUUCCAGACCUACUCCGACUACCUGAAGUGGGAAACUUUCCUGCAGCAGCAGCUCCAGCUCUUCCCUGCUAGCUCUGCUCUCCGGCACGGGUUCCAGACCUGCGAGCACUGGAAGCAAAUCUUCAUGGAGAUCAUAGGUGUGCAGAGCGCCCUGUACGGUCUCCUCCUCUCGCUGGUUAUCUGCGUGGCUGCAGUCGCCGUGUUCACCACCCACCUUCUCCUCCUGCUGCCCGUGCUGCUCAGCAUCUUAGGGGUCGUCUGCCUGGUGGUGACCAUCAUGUACUGGUCCGGCUGGGAAAUGGGCGCCGUGGAGGCGAUUUCUCUCUCCAUCCUUGUCGGCUCCUCCGUCGAUUACUGCGUGCACCUGGUGGAGGGCUACCUGCUGGCGGGAGAGAACUUGCCCCUUCAGCAGGCAGAGGACCCCACCUCCUGCCGCCAGUGGAGGACGAUCGAAGCUGUCCGGCACGUGGGCGUGGCCAUCGUCUCCAGCGCCGUCACCACGGUGAUCGCCACCGUCCCGCUCUUCUUCUGCAUCAUCGCCCCCUUUGCCAAAUUCGGGAAGAUCGUGGCCCUCAACACGGGCGUCUCCAUCCUGUACACCCUGACUGUGAGCACCGCCCUGCUGGGCGUCCUGGGGCCCAGCACCUUCACCCGCAGCAGGACUUCCUUCCUCAAGGCUCUGGUGGGGGUUCUCCUGGCCGGCGUCUUGGGGCUGUGCGUCUGCCUGGCCCUGCUCCAGAGUGGCGUGAAGAUCCCCCUCCCCAACGGGACGUCUCUGUAGUCCCCACGCCGGGCUGCCUCCGUCUCUCUUUCUCCCUAGUUUUUUUUAAAGGAUAUUUUUUGUAAAAAUGAAAAAAAAAAUCCCUUUUUCCGGAUGUUUUUUCAACUCCAGAGGCACUUUAUUUUCUACUGGGUUUUGCUCUAAACUCGUAUUUAUUUUGGCAGUGAUGGAUGGACGGACUGACAGUGUGCCAGGGCCUCAGUAACUCACAGCCUCCUCCUCCUUGUUCGUUAACGAGCAGAGGGUUCGGAGACCCUGGCACCUGCCCCCUGUAGGACAUCCCCGUGAUGUACGCGCCACCACAGACGUUCCACUUAGGCCUUCAAAAUGGGACUUAAGGGAGAGGCAGGCCUUGGGAGUUUCAUGGGCCCGAUCCUUGGCUGGGGUAAUCUGUCUGCUGAUUUACGCCCGCGGAGGGUCGAGGGGGUUUUGGGGGCGCUGGAGGAAGUCCGUUGAGGCUGUCCAAGGGUCAGUGAUUCCCAAGGAAACUCCGGCUGCCACUGGCCCGUGCCCCAGCCUGUGGGGAUCCAGCGUGUGGGCUGUGGUGGGAGUUCUUGGCUGAACUCGCUUGUUGCUUUGGGGUUAUCUGUCUGUCUGGUUUGGCUGGUGCAGCUGCUGGUGUGUCCUUUUCGGGUGCAGUCCCAGAGCCGAGAGCUCAGUGGGGUUUAGAGGUCCCUUUUCCUGAGCGUGUGGUGUGCUGGGAAUGAGUUUGCUGGAUACUUUAUGGGCACGUUCCCCUGCCCUGGCACCAAGGUGAAGCCCACAGGGUCAUCUGCUUGUACCUGCCCCUACCCCCUCUCUUUGCCUCCCCCCUUAGCCCCCGAUGUCCACUCAGACCCAUCCCCACCUGUGUGCCCCAGGUUCAUUUUGUCAAGUGAGCUGCUCCAGGGGGCACUGGCAUGGGGCAGGUAGCAUCUUCCCCUCUCCAUUGGGGGCACUGCGGAGCUCGCCCCCACUGUUCUAAACCCAGCUCUAACGGACGGGCCGGUGUGCCCGUCUCCCUCUGGGGCAGGGACCCUCCACAGCUCUGUGCAGUUAGCGCGUGGGCAUAUUUACAGUCAGCCAGGCAAUCGCUGCUCUGUCUCUCUCCAAACCCAGCAGCCGGGCUAAGGCAGUAACAGCAGCCAGCACCCACGGUUCCUACCACUCAUCGCGCCUGUGCAUGUGUAACACCUCCCCCAGCCGCCGCCGCAGGGGAGAGACCCCUGGGCCUCCAACCCCACCGCACAGACCUCUGCCACUGGCAGCAAUGAUGCACGUAGCCCCCGUCCCAUUGAUAAACGGGUGGGGGGCUCAUCUUAUGUGCUUUGGUGCAGCUGCCGGCUUGGAGCAGAUGGUUUAUAUUAAAGUAGAAUGAAAUUGCAAAGUGGCGCCAUUAACGAGUACAUUUUAGGCAUCACUGAUUCCAUCAUAUUCUUAAAAUGGAAAUAACGAAGUGUGGGCAUUGAUAUGUGGCACAUCUGUUCCCCGGCAGAAGGGGCGUGGGACAGGCCCAGUGGGAUCAGCAUUAAACAUUAUUUACCAGGAGACGCGGCAGCAGGAGUGGGGCUGGGCUCAUCAUUUGUUUGCGGAUCCUGAAUCCCCGGUGGAUUCAGGUUUGCUGUCUGGAUUGAACGGCCCCUUUUAAAGCAUGUAAGCGCCUAGUGGGAUUCGAUCUCUCCAUCCCCCUUUCGCUGCCGGGGCUGGUGACCACAUCGCUGAGCUCAGCAGCUCCUUCUGCUUGGGUUAGUGUCCCCAGCUCAGGUCCCUGGCAGAGUCCAUGAUAAAUUCACUUCGUGCAUUUAUUGGUGUCUUUUGAGGUGCAGGAUUUUCCCUGGGAAACUGUAUUUAGGACCAGACCUUACCGGGGUGUUUGGCUUCUGUUGGCUUGAAUGGGAGUGGGGGGAGGGCUCAGCGUUCCUCUCCUUGCAGGACUGGGCCCUUCAUCCCUUUCACUCCCUGUAAAUUCAGCUACCAGAUUGUCUCCUGUGUGGCUCAGGAGGGACCUGCAUGCUCAGAGGUAGCCCAGCUCUGAACGCAGCCUGUCAGUGGUCCUGAGGCCAAGGGAAAUUAGGAGCAACUCUACUGCCGGCAGAGAAGUCACGCUGGUGUGAGAGCAGAAUCAGGCCCGGGGUUUUCCUUUUGUCCCUUCCUGCCACAGCUGCUUUGGCAUUCGAUGAAUCCUGGGCCCAUUAGUCAUUCCCCAUUAGCUCAGACUGCAGCAGGGGCAGGCUUUGUGUCUCUUCUCCAUGGGCCUGCAGAGCCCUACGUCCCCUGACUUCCAAGCACCAGCUUGCUCUGACAGCCCACCACACCGUCGAGAUGAAUUAGCCAGCCCCCCAGCGGGGCACUUGGUUGCACUGAGCACUGGUGGCUGGGGUACAGGGUGUGUGCCUGUGACACCGACAGAGAGUGAGUGUAGAUGGAACCGAACGGCACCACCAAAGCGAUGGCAGGUCUGACAGCAGGACUAGAACUGAGCAAAUGCUUCAGCCUCCUGAGGCUGAUUAAAGCCGCUGUUUGUUUGUUUCCAAGUCAACAGACGGACAAGAGGAAAAGGGGUGUGUGUGUGUGAGAGAGAGAGAGAAACAGAGAGAGAGCCCCUGGAGAGUCACUCCCGCUGUGUGUGCUGGGAAGGAUUGCAGUGUCUGGGGAGGACAGAGAUCUGUCUAGCCCUGCAAACUGCAUAUUAGAGCAAAUGCGAACCCAGAGAGGUCUUUAUUAUUUUUGCUGCAUAUACAAAGACUUCUGGUGUAAGUCCUUCCCCCUCCAGGUGGGGCUGGGAACUGCAUGCUGGGAUCUCUUGAGGACAUGUGGCAAACCCCCCAGGGGAACCCAGUAUCUCACCAGAUUGGACCCAACUCCCACUGUGGUUUGGGAGUUGGAGGGCACUCAGGACCUAGCAGGAUUAGGGGCUGUCCAUAAAUUAUGCAAUGCAUUAGGGGUGGGUGGGUAGGCGCUUAACUUUGUGGGUUUGUUUCAGUGUCACAAAGGGCAGGCAGGUCUUGAAAAUGACCAAAACAGUGUAUGUAAUUAAUUUAUGGACGGCCCCUUGGGGCUCCCCUCCUGAGUGCUGGGGCCUGGCUGCAGAGAGGUUCCCAUUGUUUCUCUCGCCCCAUCCCAGCUCUAGUAGGGGAAUGGGGUUUGGCUAGCGUCAGGCGCAGGAUGUGAUGUUCUGCUUGUGGCUUUGGAAGGUGUUAGACAAGGAGGGGGAAGUGAGAGCAAAGAGCAGAGUAAGUUAGAAAGUGGAGAGACUGAGGCCCCAUUGUGCCAGGUGCUGUAUAAAUGCACAGUGAGAGGCAAAACCUACCACAGAGAGAUCCAUCUAUGGGGCAAGACCCAGCAUGGGCGGGGACUGAGGCACAAAGAGAUGAAAGUGACUUGCCCAAGGUCACCCAGCAGACCAGUGGCAGAGCCAGGAAUAUAAUGCAGGUCUCCUGACUCCCAGGCCAGUGCUCUAGCCGCUAGAGCACACAGCUCCUAUCCUCUAAUCCCCCACCCCCCGAAACUUGGUGAUAUGACCAUUUAACUUCACAUAGCAACCUGCUUUUAGCAGCUUUCCCCUUAGGGGCCCAGCUGCAACAUCCCAGCCCCCUCUCUGUUAUCCAGCAGCCCCCUCGCCAUCAGCCAGGGGCGGCUCUAGGAAUUUG